AUGACUAUAACUGACCCGUCGCUGCCUAGAUCCGACAACAACGAUUAUCCGCCAGAUAACGAGCACGACUCCGACAACAUCGUGGUCAAGCUGCCAGCCCACAAAGCCGCAUUUGCAAUGCAAUCUUCUUUGCAGGAAAACUCAGGGGUUCCGACGAAAAAGAGAAAGCCCACAGCGCCCAGGACAUACUCCAAACAUAUCUUACAAAGGAGGUCCGGCGCACCUGGCCUCUCACGCUCUCUCGAGGGAAGCCCGGCUAGCAAGACGUUAGCACAAGAGGCGGCAGCAGCUGGAAAACUUGCGUCGCAACCUGCGCUUCUCUGUGGUGGUGAGCAAGCCAAUGCGACGAGUGUCAUGACAAGCGAAUUCCAUGCUUAGGAUCGAGUAGAAAAGCCCACGACACCACCUUCGACAGUCUCCACUACCACCGCCGGCGAGCAAGCCCACCGCGCACUUCGUGGCACGCGCUCGACACCGGUCGUAACAGCUCGAACGGACAGGAUAGCGCACAGCGCGAAGCCGAAGACGACCGAGAAGAGGAAGCCUAACAGUUUUGCUCCUUGGACUAAAGAAGCGGACAAGCAAAAUGCACAUGCAGACAUUGCUGCUAGGGAGGACAUGGCGGACAUGGAGGACGAGGAGAUCCAGGUCAAGUCCGACACAGCAGAGGAUUACCACAGCAGCGCUGAACAGAACGAGCACUUAGACAACGGAGAUGAAGACGACGAGGACACCAUAAAGGUUGAGCGGCCAUCUAAGGCUGCGAGGAAAGGCAAGCUUCCACGCAUUCCACACGACC